AUGUCCUGGAAAAAUGAUUUACUGGCAAAACUGGCGCAGCGAGAUAAGUCAAUGGAGACCCAGAAAGACGUGUUUUUGUCAUUUCAAUUUUUAAGUACCAGAAUUGCGUCGCUGGAACGACAAUUAGAUACGGUACAGCGUGAUGAUAGCAAAAAAACAGUGUUGGACCUGCUGGGAGAAAUUGACCAACUGAAACAGAAACUGGACUUGACAGAAGACAGUUUGAAGCACGAAAUUGCGAAGAAUAAAGAGCUGGUCAAAGAGUUGAGUACUAUCAAAAAUAAUUUCAAUAUAUUGACAGAUGGAUACAAGAAACUACAGGAGCGCCAUCUGCGGUUGCAGGAAGAGAGCAAAAUCAAGUUCCAGAAUCUAGAGUCAUUAAAUGAUGAUAUACUGUCGUUGAACAUCGAAAAUAACUUGCUGAAUGACAGGAUGGCUAAAUUAAAGCAAGAGAACGAGUCCUUGAUCGAACGUUGGAUGAAACGAGUCAAGCAGGAGGCAGAGGUGCUGAAUGAUGCGAAUGAAGCGCUGUCUCGCAGCGAAAAAUCCUUGAAACCGGAGAGUUAA